AUCACCAGACUCCAAGUGCAGGAGAUAUUUGAUUGCUUGUUUUUCGAGGCAGCAGGAAUCAGAAAAACAGGGAGCAAUAAUGAUGAUCUCAGUCCACUUCACAUUACUCUUUUUGUGGGUGACACAAGAUUUUGGUAGCUGUGUUAAUAUGAAGAUACCCACUGAUUUCUUGACUGUAGUGUUAGGGGACUCUCUAACAUUAAACUGCACCUACAAUUGCUCCAAUGGAUUUGUUCGGGGCUGUUGGAGUAAAACACCAGGCAACUCUGUCUGUCAUGGGACACAAAGCUCAAGCACCUUUUGCACAACAUCUCUUCAUCUGUCAAACGUGUCCGCUGAAGACCUUAAAACGAGCUACACUUGCUACACACAAGACACAGAUGACCCCCAGCUUCCACAAAAAACAGAGCGUAUUGUUUCACUGCAACUUGAAGCUCAAACAAGUGCCCCAAACUGGACAGUUACCCCAAUGACUGAAACUAAAAAUGCAUCUCUUUCUGCUAAGCCAAAAGACUCAAGUGGAGGAGAAUUUACUGGAAUUAAGGUUUUAGCAACAGUAAGUGUUGCUGUGGCCAUGGUGCUUGCAGCAUUGGCUGCUUAUCUGUGUCUGAACUGGAACAGACAAAGCUGGAACGGUAAAGGGGAGCCUGUUCUAUCCAGGUCAAGCUCACCACAACCAUCUCAUGCUGUCUUCUCACCAGUGAAGGGGUCACUGUCAACACACAGUGAAAGAGUGACUUUAAGGAUUCCAACACCAGAUAAUGAGAGUGACACUGAGGUUCCAUAUGCUGACAUAAUGAUCGCUGCCCGAGGUGUCAGCACACCAGAGCUCACUCAGGUUUGCUAUUUGACUCCUGGAGAUCAAAAGGAGUGGUGGGGAGAUGAAUCAAGGUCUUACCUGCAGGCCUCACGAUCAGCUGACAGGCUGCAUGUCCCCAUGCCCAGAGAGGUCAGCCGCAAGAUGAGUACCAACUCGGAAUAUGCAGUCAUCACAUAUGCCUGAGGAGCGAAAUGGGACACACGUCUGACUGUGCUAUACAUGCUAAUAUACAUUAUGUGUAAAUAAUGCUGCUUUAUGCUACUCGUUAUAUUGUUUGC